AUGAUGCCCUUUACCUCUCUUCAAGAGGUCGAAACCGCCAUUGGCCGAUCUCUCACCCGGGCUGAAACUUUAUGGUUUAAUUACACGGCCAACAAGUCAGAUUACGUCCUCUACUGCCACAACAUUCCGUUAGUAUUUCUCCUAUCAACUCUACCACCUUUAUUCUACUUAGUUAUGGAACUCAUAUUUCCCAAUUACGUCGCUUCUUACAAACUUCAACCCAAGAUUAAGUUUUCGUUAUACGAUAAGUUCACAUGUUACUUGGGUGUAAUGAAAACACUCUUACUCACCGUUGUACCCAUGCUACUUGCCUCUUAUCCUUUGAUGAAAAUGAUUGGUAUUAGAACAAGCUUGCCCUUACCAUCAUCAAUGGAGGUUAUAUCUCAACUGAUCAUGUACUUUAUUAUUGACGAUUACGCUAAUUAUUGGAUUCAUAGACUUUGUCAUUUGAAAUGGAUGUAUGAGAAUAUCCAUAAGGUUCAUCACGAAUACUCAGCACCUAUGGGGUUUGCUACUUUGCAUGCCCAUUGGAUGGACGUAAUAUUGUUCGGGAUUCCAUCUUUUCUUGGUCCUGCACUUGUCCCAGGACAUAUGAUUACACUCUUUUUGUGGCUUGCCUUAAGAGAGAUUGAGUCCGUUGAGAAUCAUAGUGGGUAG